UUACGUCAUUAUUCCGUGUAAUCACUCAUUCGUGGGAUAUAAAAGCUUGUUGUUUUUUGCACAUUCUGUAACUUGAGGCUGGCGGUAUCCCUCUUUUAGGAAUUACAAGAUGGAAGUUAUUGGCCGUUCGCCGUCCAGGGCUGGUGGCGUUCGAAAGGGUAGCAAUCCCAUGUUUGUAACAAAAAGAAGUAAAAUUCAAUCAGAAAGAUCGUUACUUAAUCAGCAACUUAAUAAACAGAUGAGAUUGCGGGCAGGAGCAGAAAAUUUAUACAAUGCAACAUCAAAUAAUAAAGUGAAAGACACCGUCGCUUUGGAAUUAAGUUUCUUCAAUUCAAACUUACAAUUGCUCAAGGAUGAACUAAGUUUGUUGAACAGCCAUUUGACACCAUAUCAAAAUGAAAGCGCGAAGACUCAAAGCAUGGCGAUGAUUUCGCUUGGGUUGAAGGAAACAAAAGAACUUGAUUUUACACAACCUUUGAAGGAUUUUAUCCUCGAGCAUUACAGCGAAGAUCCAGACAAUUUUGACGACGAAAUUGCCGAUUUGAUAGAUUUACGUAACUCGAUACGCACACCUGCGCGUUCCAAUGAUGGCGUAUCUCUUCUGUUGGAAUAUUUUAGUCAACUUUAUUUCAUCGACUACAGAUUUUUCCCACCUAAUCUUCAACUCAGAAUACAUUUCCAUUGGUAUGACUCCAUUACUGGAAUACCAUCCACCCAAAAAUCCAUGUCGCUUGAGAAAGCCAGCAUAUUAUUCAAUGUUGCGGCAUUAUACACUCAGAUUGGAACCAGAGCAGAAAGAUGCAAACGUGCCGGAAUAGAUGAAGCAAUAAAGGCAUAUGAACAUGCUGCAGGAGCAUUCAAUUAUGUUCGACUCAACUUCAGCCACGCCCCUUGUACUGAUCUCAGUCACGCCUUCUUGGCUGUCAUGACAAAACUUAUGCUUGCACAAGCUCAAGAAUGCGUUUUUGAAAGAACUCUUCUGGGUGGAUUUGAAAUUGAACUCGGGAAAUGUAUUUCCCUGGCACAACAAGCUGCAAUGGUUGCAGAAAAAUACACUCUCGUUCACACGGCUAUGACUGUUCCUCCAGUCAGUGAAACAAUUCCUAAUUCUUGGAUAAACAUGGUCGAUGUCAAAUCUCAACAUUAUAAGGCAUUAGCUCAUUAUUACACUUCUGUUGGAUUGUUGGACCAAGUCGAUAAAGCUGAAGUUGAAGAAAUAUCAGAUCUUCUGUCUUCAUUCUACCUCAAGUCAGAAAAUGAUGAAAAUAUUCCGUCAACUGAAAAUGUUGUGAAAAGGAAAGAGGAUAGGAAAAGAUUAGGUAUGGCCCAUCUUGAUCAAGCAAUAUUUCUGCAUGAAAAAGCAAGCAGUUUGAUAAAAAUGUGCAAGUCAUUGAAUAAAGUUGAUACAUUGCAGAAUUUCGUAAAUGUUGCUCACAAACGGUCAUUAGAAAAGAAGAUUAAUCUUGAUACAAGCUAUAGCGAAGAAAACAGUGAUUUUUUUGAAGUCAUAGAUGUUCCAGACAUAGUCCCACUGGCAGAUGUGGAAACGGAACUUCGGCCACCGAUUCUCACUUCAGUGAAGGUGACAGAUAUUUUUAAGAGAUUGGGACCACUGUCAGUUUUCUCCGCUCGUCAAAAAUUCACGGCACCGAGACCGGUUAAAAUUACAUCAGGGAUUGAUGGAUGGGGUUUUACUAUUUCAGGGGACUCGCCAACGACAGCUGUUGCAACUAACCAAAGGGCUAAGGACCUUGGUAUCAAGGAAGGAGACAUCAUUGUCUCAGUGGAAGGUGAAGAUGUAAAAUGGAAGACUUGUUCGGAAGUUGCAUGCCUGCUUGACAAAUAUGUUGAAGUAUAUCGAAAAAAUAAUGAUGAAAAGUUAACUAAAUUCAUCAGAGAUGACCAGGGUCCUACAAUCAAUAUUAAAGUUUUGACUCUCUAUGCUUCAGAAAAUCCACAGACUGCUGGAAAAAUUGCGGCUGAUCCCAGUGGUAUCGGUGAUGACAUGUUUUAUUCUAGCAGCGGAAUUACAAGUGGUAGCAGCACUACAGGACGCAAUAAUAGCAACAAAACAUUCCCUGUAAAACGACGUCUGAAAGCUGGUGACGGUAGCAAAUCGUUAUCUGCGGCCCGUACAAAAAAUCGUCAUUCACUCGGAUUCUUUCAGGGGCUCAAAUUAAAACUGAAAUCGGGAUCGAGUUUUGCAACCCCAACAGAAAAUCCUUAUGCAUCGACAUCUUCACUGGACACUCUCGGUCGUGACAAAACCAAAAACAAUCUUUUAACAAUGAACUUCGAUUCGAUUUCAAUACCGAAAGCAUCCACUACCCACUCGCACUCGAACAGAGACAUUCUCAGCAUCACUAGAAGUGAUACUUUCUCUACUCCGAGUAGACCACAAUUCACAAGUCAGAGUCAACCGCAAGUGACAAUGUUUACUAAGAGAAUGGAUAUUGGGUUGUAUUAAAUCGCAUUCAUAUAUUUCUUUAUCAUGUCUUCCAGUAAAGAAAUAUCCCUUCAUAUCAUAUACUUUCCCAUUUUUAUAGUUAGUUGGUUAUACGGGGUGACCAAAAUAACAGACAGAUUAUUUGGUACAUAUAGUAGAGAGAUAACUUUUGUACGAGGCGUCCUGGAUUACUGAAUCUCCAGGGUACAGUCAUACACAAACAGAAGUUCAUUUGCUAAGUAAAUUUUCUUUAGUAAUUAAAAAAUUUAUGUGUACUGUGUUUUUUUCAGGUUACUCUGUACGAACUGAAAUAAAGUUAUAAUAAAGUGAUUAUUUUUAUUAACUAAUAAAAAACUUCUCACUAGUUCCAAAAUAGAGAGAAUUCAGUGAGAAAUAUUUUACUUUUGGAUAUUUGAAGCGCCAAAUUGACUAUAUCCUUGAUGUAACGGUUCACUUUCUAUUGUGUCUAAAUAUAUAUUAGUGUCAAAUUACGAGUUCAAUAUUACACUGGUUGCAAGGAUGAAUUCGAAAUUGUGUAAAUUAGACUUUUAAAUUUAUUUUUAGUCAUUUUCCUUCUCAGCGUUCCACUUUUUUUUGAAUUACAUGAAGUUGUAUUUUUUUCUUUGAUUUUUUUUGUAAUUUUUUAUUCCACUUGCCAAUAUAAAUACACGAUAACUACAUAGUACCGUAAAUACAACCCUGUCAUAUGUUGUUGUAUUUGAUACAAACAUUACAUCGUUAAGACGGGGAACGAUGGAUUUUCAAGCAUGAAAUUCACUACAGGAAUAGGCUAUCUAGGCUAAAUGAAAAAAUUUCAUUUUCGUAUGCCUUAAUUGUAGUUACAUGAACUCAACGAAAUCAAUUUUAGAUAUAUAGGGUGUCCAUAAAGUCUCUUUACAAUUUCAAUUUUGGUAUGAAGUCAGUUCUCUAUAUAUCUUAACCGGGUUUGUUGGUUGGUUUUUAGUCAGUAAUUGUUUAAGUAUUUUUACUUCAUUUAUAAAUCUUUGAGGGCAAAACAAUAUAUGGUAUCAAUAAAUUACCUUUACAAUUUUAAAACUUCAUGGACACUCAUAUAUGCCCACAAUUCCAGAUUAAAAUUGCUUCAUUUUCAUUUAGCCACAAGAAUCAUUAUAUGUAUUUGUAGAAGCAAAAAUGUUCAAGGGGUUUUGACAAUAAUAUAACCAUCAAAAUAUAUAAUUGUCUUUAUAUAUAAUGAAAUUUAUUAAAUAAUGCAUUUUUAACUGACAUUUGCCAAUAUUUUUUUAUACAUGGUGCUUACGUACGUACUAUUCGUGCCAUUGUGACAUAAUGUUCAAAGCUUUUCUUAUAUAUAUAUUUGCUUCUAUAAUAAUAGUAAUAACAAAGCACCACUCCUUUCUUGCCAUUGUAUAAUCUUACAUGAACGAACACAAAUCGUGGAUAGGAAUAAUACCUGACCCCCCAUAUUGAGCUUCAUUCCAAAACCUAACUUUAUUUUUUGCAUUUUAGGUGCGCUUAUAUAUCAAAAAACAAGUGAAAAACUAAAUUCACGAUUUGCACAAAAAACGUAACACCUCACCUUGACUAUAGAAUCAUUAACUUCAAUGCUACUUUUAACACAUGAACCAACUAGUCAUGCAUUUAUUACCUAUUUCGUAUCACUUUCAUAUGGUGGUUUUAUAUGAUUCCAGUAAUAAUACAUUAUGAUCAUAAAUGCAUAUAUUUCUUUCCCCUUGGUAUUUUUGACAGUUCGUGCUUUCUUAUAGUAAAAAGGUCACAGGAAGGUGCUUAUAAUGAUUGUCAAAUCCUAUUGCUUUCAUAUAUCUUUGAAAAUAUUGUCUGGCAAAUAGUUUGGGUUUCACACAUAAAAUAUGGACAUUUGAAAAAAUAGUCCAUCCUUCACACAUAAAAUAUUAUACAAUGCACACUUUUCUAUAUGGGGAAAUUUAUCACAGAGCUGAUAAGUUCUUGUAUUUAUCUAUCAUGUCCUUUUUUAUCAUUCUAUCUUAUUCGCUCGUAACAGCACGUUUAUUACUACUAUAUGGUGCACGGAUUCACAAUCGUGUUGAUAUAUAACCACCUUCUGACACAGAGCUACGACUUUUUUGUGAAUUUAUGCUGUUUUCACUGUAUCAGGUUAUUUUGAUAUGUAUAUGAUGAAACGCUGCAUUAUAACCCUAGUGUGAAAAAUGUUUUACGGAUGGUACGAACUCGAUUGAACACGUUCUGAAUUGCCUUACAGUAUUCUUUUUUGCUGGAUUUUAUGUUAUUCCCUCUGAGGUUUGAUUCAUCUUUAUUUUCAAUAAUUUUAUGGAAUAUAUAUUUCUCUCUAUAAUUUUAUGGUAGAUGGUUUUGAUUUGGUUUAUUUUACCUAUUGCCAUUUCUGGUUAAUGCAGUUAGCACAAUUCACUUAUUUUUUGUUGCGGACAGGAUUAGAUGUAGAUAAGUUACUCCCCAAGCUGAAGUAAACCGUGUCUAUCCCACUCCCAAAUCAAUUCUUGUUAUUAAUAGUGUUAUUUUUUCACAUUGUUCAACAAAUAUAUUGUAUGAUAAUGGAA